GACUCAGUAGAUCCGGUAAACAUAAAAGGCCUGGUCCUUGGUAGGGAGCUACACCCUGGAAGGCGGGGUCGAGCCUGAGGAUCACUACCCUCCUGCCAGACCUAGACCAGGUGCUGUGGUGGUGGCCUGGCCUACCUAGAAGACGCCAGCAACUCCGAGCAAAAGGACAGGAGAACCAGCCUCAAAGCCAUGAGCCUCAAGCCAGGCUUGGAGACCAGCUCCGGAGGGAAGCUGGUCCGCCAUCAGAAAGCCAUCCCUACAGCUCACCUCACUUUCAUUAUUGACCUCACCUGUAGGAAACGGAUCUCCCUGGCAGCACCCCCAAUGCAACCCCAAUUCCCCAGGCCCUACCGAGGACCCGUCACCCCCUCAAUGAAGACCCACAUUGUGUUCUGUGGGGAGAACUGGCCCCAUCUUGCUCAGAAGGCCCCCCUGGGGAAGGGAUGCCUUGCCCAGGCCAGGGGCACCCUGCCACCCCACAGAGAGAUUGGGGCCCCGGCUUCCCUACCAAUCAGCUCGCUCUGCCCCCAGGAAGCUCCUGAACCCAAGGGAAGCCCCUUAAAAGCCAUGCCCACAAGGUCUUCAGCAUGGGGGACCGUCAAGGGCUCACUCAAAGCCCUCUCCUCCUGUGUCUGUGGGCAGGCGGAUUAACUAGAGGGGUCCAGCAUAGGGGAGGGUUUGGCGCACCAGCGUCAUCUGUCCAGGGGUUGCAAGUCCCAAGGCCUGGCCCUUUUCUACAGCUACGCAGAAGUCCUUAAUGCCUGAGCCAAGGAAAGAACAUUAGAUCUACUAAAGAAGCUCUGAAACAGCCACCAAACGCACACUCAAGGACCUCCUACUUCCUCAUUUAUUACCCUCUGUGCUAUUCCCUCAGGAAAGAAGAGAUAAGACACCUCCAUGCUGAAAAAGAGGAAUUCAUUCAAAUUACUAAUGGAGCAUCUUCUACAUGCCAGACCCUGGGAAAGCUAGGGAAGACACCAUGGCUUUCUUGAAAAACAGGGAAGGGGAGGGGAAAGUUAAACAAGUAACCAAAAUAAAUAAAGAAGAUAAUCUUGAACAAAGAUGAGUGCUGUGAAGGGAAUGAAACUAGGUGCUGGGUGGAGAGUGGUCAGGCAGAUCUUUUCUGAUACAGUGAUUGGGAAAGGCCUCUCUGAGCCAGUAACCAUUUAAGUAGAAUCUAAAAGAUGAGAAGGAGCCAGCCCUGUACACACUUACCUCCACAGGGCCUGACCCAGGAGGGCACACAUGGCUUCCCACCAUCUUGGCUCAGAUGCAGGUGUGUAGGUCCCAGGAGGGCACAGGACAUGGGGAGAGGAGAUUCAAGCACGUGGCGGAGGGAGUGGGAGGCUCAGGAGACUCCAUCCUAGAGGGCAACCCUGGUGGGACCUGGCGGUCAGAGACGGGAAAUAAGGAGAACCAACUUUUCAAGACCGGGUGCCAGGAAAGGGAAUGCAGGGUUGUAUUUGAACAAAUGAAAAUAAGAGAUACUACUUACAGAGCAAGGAGCCUUGGUGGCACAAUGGUUAAGUGCUCAGCUGUUAACCAAAAGGUUGGUAGUUCAAGCCCACCAGCGCCUCUGCAGGCAAAAAGGCCUGCUGAUCUGCUCUCGUAAAGAUUUCAGCCUAGGUGACCCUAUGGGCAGUUCUACUGUGUUAUAUGGGGUCACUAUGAAUCGAAAUAGAGUGGUAGGCACCUAACAACAACUUAUGGAGCAUCUACUGCAUGCCAGACUCAUGCUGUCUCCUAGGCAUACACAGAAGGGAAAAAAAGGACUUGGUCCCUGCCCCACAGGACAAUCUUGUUUCUGAAUGUGUGUGUGUGGGGUCAAGAGAUAGUAGAGACUGCUAAGCUGGGUGGAACGCUAAAUCGAUUCAUCUGAUGAAGUGUGUCUUAAGCUCUGCCUUAGUUUCCUAAUGCUGCUGUCAGAAAUACCAAAGUGGGUAGCUUGAAAGAACAGAAAUCUAUUUUCUCACUGUUCAGAAGGCCAGAAGUCCAAAUUCAAAGCAUGGCUCUAGGGCAAGGCCGUUCCUGGUCUAUUUCAGCUUUUAGUAGCUGACAAUCCUUGGAGUUCCUGGGCUUGUAAUUCGUCUGUCUCUGUCAUCUUCAGAUGGAGUCUGUCUUCCCACUUUUGUGCUUGCUUGUCUCUGUGUCUGUGCUUCCGAUGUCAUUAGGUUUAGGACCCACUCUACACAGAUACGGCCCCCUUAACAUAAAAAAGAAAACCACAGGUAUAGGGGUUAAGAUUCCAACAUAUAUUUUGGGUGGCACGAUUCAGGCUCCCAGAAAAAAAUCACUGAAUGUUCAUUUAUUUAGUCAAUGAUUAUUUUACUGUUGUUGUUAGGUGCUAUCAAGUCGGUUCCGACUCAUAGGGACCCUAUGUACGAUAGAAUGAAACUUUGCCCAAUCCUGCACCAUCCUCACAAUCGUUGCUAUGUUUCUGCCUAUUGUUGCCACCAUUGUGUCAAGCCAUGUCAUUGAGGGUCUUUCUCUUUUUCAUUGGCCAAGCCUGAUGUCCUUCUCCAGGGACUGGUCUCUCCUAAAAAGGAGUCCAAAGUAUGUGAGACAAAGUCUCGCCAUCCUCGCUUCUAAGGAGCAUUCUGGCUGUACUUCUUCCAGACAGAUCUGUUCAUUCUUCUGGCAGUUCAUGGCAUCAAUUCUUCUUUGCUCUUCCUUUUUCAUUGUACAGUUUUCGCAUGCGUAGGAGGCAAUCGAAAAUACCAUGGCUUGGGCCAGGCGCAUCUUAGUCCUCAGAGUGACAUCUCUAUUUUUCAACAGACUUGCACAAUGCAAUUCAUCAUUUGAUUUCUUGACUGCUGUUUCCACGAGUGUUGACUGGUUUUUUUUCCCUAAUUAAUUUUAUUUAUUGUGCUUUAAGUGAACGUUUAUAAAUUAAGACAGUCUCUCAUACAAAAAGUUAUACACACCUUGCUCUGUACUCCUAGCUGCUCACCCCCUAAUGAGACGGCACACUCCUCCUGUCCUCCCUGUAUUCACCGUGUCCAUUCAACUAGCUCCUGUCCUCCUCUUCCUUCUCAUCUUGCCUCCAGACAGGAGUUGCCCUGAUAGUGAGUUUUUUUUAUUGUAUUAUUUUAUUAGGUUCUUACAAACGUUAAUAUCUGACAUCCGCUGACUAUUUUCUCUGUGCCAGGAAAAUGGCAUUCUCACAGUGCCAGUAUGGUGAAGCAGUGUUUUUGUACCCAUUUGCGGUGUGAUGGAUACUUUCGUGUGGCCUUUCUAGCCAUGGUCUUGUAACUCCCACCCAAGCGAUUGGUCAGGACUGUGUGAUAGGGUAAUCAAGGCCCACCAAAGGGAUUGGUCAGUUUUGCCAUCCCGCUGGGCUUGAAAGAGAAGAUCCCACCACGGCCAAACCAAGGAAGAACAGCCAGGAGCCAGCACGUCUUUGGAUCCUGAAUUCCUGCACUGGGAAGCUCCUGGACCCAGGAGACAGAGAGUGAGCUAUAACUGAAGACAGCGAGAAGCAGUAACAGAGACUGAAGACAGCAGAGGCCUGGCUGCAGGAGGUGGUGUGGUGGGUUUCCCGGCCCAUGGAUUGAGAAAGCUAAGUGCCUUUGGGCAGAGGCUGAGGGCCUGGGAGAGGCGUGCCUGCGAGCUCGGCUGGGAAGAGGUUGUCCUGAUGGAAGACCUGUAUCCUGAGUGUUGCUGAAUCUAAAUUGUAACCUUUACUUCCCUAAUAA